AUGACGCUUCAGGCCCUCUUCGGCCUGCUCUUCAUGCUGCCGUACAUUGCCGUGGCGGCAGCCCAGAGCACCACCGCGUCCGACAUGAUCGCUCGGCGCGUCGACUUUCUGACCGGCGCAAGCACCAUGAAUGCCUUGGGCGCCAUGAGCUCGCCCCCGAGCUACUACUCGUCGCUGCUGUCCAAGGCGAGCGCCCUGUCAACCACGUCAGCCGGAUACCUCUCGAGCAUGGUCACGGACAGCUCGCGCACGACGCUGUGGUCCGACCUGCCAAUGACCGGCGACGCGGCGUCCAAAAGUGGCAACCUCGGCGUCCAGUUUGACCGCCUCUUGGCGAUUGCCAAAUGCUAUGCCACACCGGGGACCGCACAGUACAACCAGUCAUCGGUCGCCACCCAGAUUGUCAGCGGCCUCAACUACCUCUCGACGGCCUACUAUACCUCGACAGGAAGCGAGUAUGGCAACUGGUGGUGGUGGGAGAUUGGAAUCCCGCGCGACAUUGUCGACACUGUGUCGUGCCUCGGCUCUGCCAUGCCCGCCAACCUCACCACCCGUCUGGCCACGGCCAUGGACCACUGGGCACCGGACCCACUGCACCGCGGGUUGACCUCGGCAGGCGUGAUUGAGACGGGCGCCAACCUCGUCGACAAGGCCCUCAACAUGGCCCUCCGCGGCAUCAUCACCAACAACGGCACCGAGAUUGCCCUGGGUCGCGACGCGCUCAGCGGCGGCGGCACACCGUCCAACUCGGUCUUCCUUUACGUGACGUCGGGCGAUGGCUUUUACGCCGGCGGCGCCUUUGUGCAGCACACAUACCUCCCCUACGCAGGCAACUAUGGUACCGGAGCGCUCAAGAACCUCGCAGUCAUUGUCUCGCUCCUGUCGGGCAGCCAGUGGAACGUGACCGACCCCAACGCCUCGAUGAUCUACAGCGUGGUGGACAAUUCGUUUGCGCCAUACCUCUACAACGGUCGCCUGAUGGACACUGUUCGCGGCCGGUUUGUCUCACGCCAGCGUGAGCGCGACUAUGACGAUGGCUUUACGUUCCUCGCCACCGUUGCCCAGCUCGCCACCGCCGCGGCGUCUUCGGGCAACGCCACGCUGGCGACGCACCUCAAGACACUGGUCCGCGGGCAUGCCUCGCGCUACACCGGUCCAGACUGGGCGAGCGACACUCGCUUCGGGCUGUCUCAAGCGGCCAACCUCCUCAGCGUCUCGGAAGACUCGUCCGUGACCGCGGCCGACCCGAUGAGCGCAACCUUUUGGCACGCGGGCCAGGAGCGGCUUGUUCACCGCCGCAGCGCGUUUUCAUUCACCGUCUCGACCUCGUCGACGCGCAUCGGUCGUUUCGAGUGGGGAAACGGCGAAAACUACAGGGGCUGGUACCAAGGCGACGGUGCUGCGUACCUGUACGUCCCGGGCCAAGACGGCCAGUUUUCCGACAACUGGUGGCCCACGGUCAACAGUUAUGCUCUUCCAGGUAUCACCGCAAAGGCCACCACGUACGCCAUCACGACGGUGGCGGGAACCACUGCUAUCCAGCGCGCCACCAACAGCUACAACGGCGGUGUGACUCUGGACGGGAUUGGCGGCACUGUCGGGUUCAACCUCGUCGGCUACAGCCCUUCGACGUCCACGCUCAGCGCUCUCAAGACCUGGUACACGUUUGACGACGUUGUCGUGGCCGUCGGCACCAACGUCGUCGACACGUCGGGCUCGGCCGUGACCACGUCUAUUGAGAACCGCGCGUUCGCGUCUGGCCAGGUGCCCACGCUCGUGGUUGACGGCGCCAGCAAGACGGCCAGCGCCAGCCCCAUCGCCGUCACCGCCUCGGUACACGUUCCCGGUACGGGCGGCUACGUUCUGCUUUCGUCGUCGGGGGCGCCCGUCACGGUCCUGACCGAGAGCAACUCGGGCACGUGGUACGCCAUCAACAAUGGCUCCGACUCGGCAGGCGACACCACGACCGUCAGCAACGACUUUGUGAGGAUCAUUGCCAACCACGGCACAAACCCCACGGGCUCGAGCUACGCGUACAUGGUCAUUCCGGGCGCCGACGCCGCCACGACAGCCGCGCGCGCAUCCAGCCCCGGCGUGACGUUUAACACGGCCAGCGGUGUGGGGCACGUUGUCUCGCACGCCGCGUCCAGUUCGACGUUUGCCCACUUUUUCGCUGCGGGAUCCCUGACCGGUGCAGGCAUGACGGGAAGCCUGACCGCGUCGGCCGCGUGCUCGGUGGGGUGGUCGACCAAGAGCACCAGCAGCUACAGCCUCGCCGUGUCGGACCCCUCGCACACCGCCACGUCUGUCACGGUCACGUUCCCGUUCUCGGCCAGCGCCAUCUCGGGCUCGACGUACGCCACGCUGGUCAGCACGAGUCCGCUCAAGGUCACGGUCAACCUGUCGGCCAAGAACGGCCAACGGGUCGCCUUCAGCGCGACACCGUGA